GCUUGAACGAAAGCUAGCAGCUAAAACAACUAGGUCAACUGAAUGCCCGACUGCAUGUUACUUACCAUUCACCUGACUAUAUAAGCCCAGGAAUGAGGAACCAAAAUCAUCAGUUGUUUACCAAACUAACCUAAGUACAACAUGAAGCUGUUCUUCGUCGCCGCAUUCUUGGCUGUUGCUGCCGCCGUACCAUCCAGCUACAAGCCGGAAUACAAGGCUCCCAGCUCCCCUGCCCCAAACUACCCGGCACCAAAGUACCCUACUCCUAGCUACCCCGCACCAGCCUACCCCGCACCAGCCUACCCCGCACCGGCCUACCCCGCACCAGCCUACCCCGCACCAGCCUACAACAAGGAUAACAAAUACGCUGACAUUACCAUCACCAGCCAAUCUGAUGAGCGCAACCUCGAUGGCAGCACCCAAUGGAGGUAAUUGAAUUUCAUUCUU